AUGGCCGCUGCUGCCACCGCCGCUGCUCGGCCGGGCCCUGCACCCGCCGACGAGCAGGAAGAUUCUCGAUCCUCAUCCUCUUCAACUUCCCCCGCGCCCGCCGAUAACGAAGAAUCCGACUUCUUUCUCGGAGCCAACGACUCGCAGUCCAGCAUCGGCGUCCCAAACUUUCAAGAUAUGCAGGUCGAGGACGCAUGCCAACCGCCAGUACAUCGGUUGCCAAAUGAGAUCCUCAUCGGUGUGUUUGCCAAACUGGGCUCUACCUCUGAUCUGUUCCACUGCAUGCUUGUUUGUAAGCGCUGGGCUAGAAACACAGUGGAUCAACUAUGGCAUCGACCUGCGUGCACAAAUUGGAGGAAUCAUGGUAUCAUAUGCCAAACGCUGCAACUAGAGCAUCCAUCGUUCAGAUACCGCGAUUUUAUCAAGAGGCUCAAUCUCGCUUCCCUUGCGGAUAAAAUCAACGAUGGGAGUGUGAUGUCCCUUGCCGUCUGCACUCGCGUCGAACGCCUGACCCUUACGAACUGCCGUGGCCUCACUGACUCUGGGCUGAUUGCCCUUGUCGAGAACAGUAAUUCACUACUGGCACUUGAUAUUUCCCAUGACAAGAACAUCACUGAAGAGUCUAUAAAUGCUAUCGCCAAGCACUGCAACCGACUGCAAGGUCUCAACAUCACCGGCUGUGAGAACAUCUCCAACGAGAGUAUGAUCACAUUGGCGAACAGCUGUCGCUACAUCAAGAGGUUGAAACUGAAUGAAUGCAGCCAGCUACAAGAUGAUGCUAUUCACUCUUUCGCCGCAAACUGCCCUAAUAUCCUCGAAAUCGACCUUCACCAGUGCAAUCGCAUUGGUAAUGGCCCAGUAACAUCUCUCAUGGUCAAAGGCAACUGUCUCCGGGAACUGCGGCUGGCAAGCUGCGACCUUAUCGAUGACGAUGCCUUCUUAUCACUUCCUUCUGGACGAACCUUCGAGCAUCUCCGUAUCCUCGACCUCACCUCCUGCGUACGUUUGACGGACGCUGCUGUGCAGAAGAUCAUCGACGUGGCACCUCGCCUUCGUAAUCUUGUUCUUGCAAAGUGUCGGAACAUCACUGAUGCAGCCGUCCAUGCUAUCUCCAAGCUCGGCAAGAACCUGCAUUACGUGCAUUUGGGCCAUUGUGGGAAUAUUACUGACGAGGGUGUCAAGAAGCUGGUCCAGAACUGCAACCGCAUUCGCUAUAUUGAUCUUGGAUGUUGCACCAACCUGACUGACGAGAGCGUUAAGCGCCUUGCUUUGCUGCCUAAGCUGAAGCGUAUUGGUCUUGUGAAAUGCAGCUCUAUCACCGACGAGUCAGUUCUUCAUCUUGCCGAGGCAGCGUACCGUCCCAGGGUGAGACGAGAUGCCAGUGGAAUGCUCGUUGGUAACGAGUAUUACGCCUCGAGCCUCGAGCGUGUUCAUCUGAGUUACUGCGUCAACCUGACUCUUAAGAGUAUCGUGAAACUGCUUAACUCCUGCCCACGACUCACCCAUCUAAGUUUGACUGGAGUCGCCGCCUUCCAGCGUGAUGACUUCCAGCCAUACUGCCGCCAGGCGCCCCCAGAAUUCACCCAACACCAACGAGAUGUUUUUUGCGUCUUUUCUGGCACCAUGGUGUCUAAGUUCCGCGAUUUCCUCAACACUUCACCACAGUUUGAUGGAUUAUGGGAUAACAGCUGGAAUCGAGCAACAGCCUACAAUUCUGGACCAAGGCCUCGUGUUCCUGUAGCCAACCAACCAUCAGCCCCCGCUGGGGAGGGAGCCGACGAUGAAAUGAUCGACGACGACAACGACUAUGAGGGAUUGGACGGCAGCGAAAUGGUCGUGGAUGCUCAGGCCCAGAACCCAAUCAACGGAAACGGAACCAAUGGACUGAUGAACCAUGGAUUUCAACAAGCCAUUCCUGUACCACCUCCACCACCCGGCUUCGCUUUAGGUCAGCCCCCCGCAAUCUUCUUGCCAUUCGCCCGUUUUCCACCUGUGCCACUAGUGCGUCACGAAGCAGGAUUGCUGGGUCGAAUGUUCUCUCAAAACAGCAUUAACACCAUAUUAGAAGGCGGAAACCAACAGAAUACGACGAGUCAAGCGAGUGCAGCACCUCUUGGGCAUGGGGGCCCAGUGAAUGGAGAAUCCUCGACUGGCGCAAGCACGGCAACGAUUCACCGACCCCAAGAGAACGGUGAUCAAUCUGACGCAAUGAAUUGA